UAUUACUCUAAUGUUAGGAUGGAGAUGUUAGUGUGUAUUCUGUUUUAUCUACUAUCCGUGUCAACCAUACACUGUCAUGCUUGCAAAGGCCAACAACAAAUAAUUCUUCAGUCUUAUGUUGGGGAAAAGGUGGCGUAUCCAGAAAAAUUUCCGCUGGAAAAAGGAUACGAAGCUAACUUGAACUGCACAUGGAAAGUCAGCGCGGUGGCAGGAUAUGAAAUUGUCGUUUAUCCAAAGUGGAUGUGCGAAUCUGAUGCAUCUUUCCGCCUAUAUUAUGGUUCAGCAACAUCAUCAGUGCUAGAUAAUUGUGUAGGCUGUCCUAAGUUAGAUGGCCAUUGUAAGGAAAUUAUACAAACUGCAUCCUCAGAAAUUCUCCUGACCAUUACAACAUCAUCUUCAUAUAGGGAAGGAGGUUUCCAGUUUCGUUUCAUGUCGGUUGAAAGCAAAAAAAUUGAUACCUGUGACUCUACUGAUAAAACACUCCGGGCGGAAUCAACACCUAAAUAUAUCAUAUCUCCUGGAUUCCCGUCUAAUUACCCAAGUAAUUUACAAUGCUUUUGGAAAGUGGAACCUGCUAUAAUGAAGAAGGACAUUCGUUUGGUUUUUGAGUUCCGGUCUCUGAAUUUAGAAGAAGGCUUUGAUAGCUGCACUGAUUACAUUAUGAUAGAUGUUGAUGAAAUUUGUACACAAUCGGAAGAAACUAUUUUAAGCACGGCCGACCGUGUGAUCUUGAAUUACACCACGGCAGAGGUGCGGUUUGUAAGUGAUAUAGGAUUUGAAAGCAGCGGAUUUGUUCUAGCUUUUUACAUUGAAGACAAAGUUAAAUCCUGCUACUGUCAGCAUGGAGGUACCUGCUUGAAUUCUACAUGUCUUUGUCCACGUGGUUAUAAAGGCAGUUUUUGCGAGUCAGAAUCGUUGAAAAUUCUUUCCUGGAAAAGCAACAAUAUAUUAUUGCGUGAAGGUAAACCUUUGUGGCUGGAAUUAGAGACAGUAGAUGACCAAAGUCCAAGUGUCAAAUGGUUUCGCAACGGAAUAGAAAUAACCAGUGCUUCUUUAAGAUAUACAAGAAAUUCCUUUAAAGCUCCACACGGUUCAUUUCUCCAUGUACUAAACAUAUUCAAUGCUUUAAGACGAGAUGAAGGAAAUUGGACUGUUGAAGUAUCAAAUGGUGUUACUACCACAUAUAGAAAUAUCGUUAUAAGAGUUCUUCCAAGACUUUUGCUACAGAUGACACCACAAUUCGACUUUUCGAUUCAAAGCGGAGAAAGUUUAAAUCUUCAAUGUACAGUAAUCAAUCCAGAAUCUCUGUCUAAUUCCACGAGCGGAAGUUUAAUCUGGCAGAGAAAUGGGAAGAAUAUCAUAACAGAUUCGCAGUUUGAUAUAACAACAACUGACAUUUCCACGACAUUAAAGAAGAACUCGACAGGAAUCGAUGAUUCUGGAAGUUAUUUAUGCUCACAUUCUUCUUAUCCUGAUCCAACAAAUGUCUCUAUCACCGUAAUGGUAACAAAACCAGAACAAAUUAGAUGUCCAAACGCAGUAUUUGAUGGAAUAACAUGGAAUGCGACAAUCGCAGGAACAACUAAAAGAGAAUCCUGUCCAGAAAAUCAGAUAGGUACUGCAACUAGGUUUUGUAACACUCAAGGUGAAUGGGAAACCCCUAAUCUGGUCAACUGUACUGACGAAGCUUUUGUGAACGCUUCAAAUGAGCUGGAUGCUUUGAUAGAGGACGGAAUUGAUGACUCAGAGCAAGUUAAGAAAACUAUUGAUAAUACUUUAGUGAAGAUGAAAAAUUUGACAUCUCAAAGUACUUCACUGAGUGCCGGAGAUAUCAGUUCCUCUCUAGACAUCAUAGAGAAGAUUGUCAACGUUACCAAUCUGACGGGUGCGAAUAUUGAAAAAGAGGUGUUCUUUGAGGUCGUCGACAAUGUUUUGUCUUCCAACAAUUCUAAAUCAUGGACAACCGUACAAGACAAGACGGAGAAGGAUGCUAGUUCUUUACUGAAAAAUAUGGACAGACUUAGUGAAGUCAUCAUGAAAAAUGACAACAUUACCGCAACAACAUUUACUGGCACAAAUUUUGAGGUGACCGUUGAUAAAACAAAUCUAGAGGAGAAUGGGAUAACAUUUCCGAAGAGAUCGUCAAACAACAGCAACGAAGUUGACGAUGGCAUUGCUACUUUUCUUCAAUUACCAAAGCAAGCAAAUAAAACAGGGGAAGCUAUUGCUUAUGUUGCUGUGAUAUAUAGGACGAUUUCCGAGAUUCUGCAAACAAAUACAGAUGCAGAUAGAGAUUAUAAAUUGGAAACAAUUGCAAAUGAUGAAAAAGUGAGAAAAAAAGAAGUUAAAGAAAUUGUGAAUUCUGAAAUUUUGUCACUCACAACACAGACGGACUUAGGACUGCUUUUCCCUCCUCUAAAUCUAACUUUUCAACAUCUAGACAAGAACAAAAGUGAUAAAUUUCAAGCUACCUGUGUAUCGUGGAAUUUUACAUUAAAAAGGUGGUCAGGAAAAGGCUGCAAAGUGAAUUCAACCACUGACAAGAGGACAGUUUGUCAGUGUAACCAUCUGACCAACUUUGCUAUUUUAAUGAGACCGUACACAUCUGAGGAGGAAGACAAAGAGUCUCUGAAGACUUUAUCUUUUGUUGGAGUUAUCAUCUCCAUAGCUUUUACAGUUUUAACCUUCAUAAUUUACAUCGUCUUAUGGAAACACAUAAAGAAUGACCAGAACAUCAUGCUGUUAAAUCUCUGUGGAUCCUUGAUUUUAUCAUAUGUUGUCUUCAUCUCGGCUGUGGAAGAAACAAACAAUGAGGUUUUGUGUAUCGCAAUAACCGCCAUCAUCCAUUACCUCUUCCUGGUGACCUUUUUCUGUAUGAUGGGGAUGGGAGUCUACUAUUUUAUGAGUAUAACCGUGACCUAUUACGCGAUGUAUAUGGCCAAUAAUUUCAAGUCCAAAUCCAGAGUACGUUGGUUUCUUUUAGGAGGAUGGGGAUUUCCAUUAAUUAUUGCAGCUUCAACAUUAGGGGCAUUUUGGGGAAAUAAAUACCACGUUAAAAACUACUGCUGGUUGUCAGCAGAAAGCGGUUCUCUUUAUUUGUUUAUUGCUCCAGUUUGUGUCAUUGCUGUGAUAAAUAUUCUUAUAAUCGUGUCCUUAAUUCGAGUUUUGUUUGCAACAUCUACAAUGAUAAAUUCAUCGCUUCAUAAAAAGACUGUGACGGCACUACGUUCACUCGGUACACUUGUACCCGUAUUAGGAGUUACCUGGCUUUUUGGAGUCUUAGCUGUUAACGAAAGUUCAGAAGUAUUCCAGUUUAUUUUCAUCAUCUCUAAUUCCUUACAGGGAUUUUUCAUAUUUGUCUCACAUGUGCUAUUAAACAAGAAGCUGAUUAAGGGUAUAAAGACUCAAUAUCCUUCCUUGAGUGGAUUAAGUAUAUUUACCGAGUCAAGCGGAAAGGAAACAACCUCUGUAUCACGGACACACUCAUCGUCCUCCGAUCGACCUAUAGUCAAAACCAAAAAAAAAGGAAUUCUAUCAAUUUUUGGAACAUCAUCGGAUAAAAUGAAAACACGGAAACCAAAUAAAGUAAUUAAGUCAGACUCGUUUCUGACAGAAAAGACCUUGACAACUGAUUACUCAUAUAUACCUCCACAAGAAAAGAUUUGCUUGAUGCCAUCUGAUAUUGAACCAAAGCAAAAGGAGACAAAAUUUGAAUGAAACAUUGAAGAAUUGAACCAACGGUUUUACUUUUCCGGUUUUGAAACUGAUUUAAUACAUUUCUUUAAAAUGUUAAUCAGUAUGAUCACAAACACUUCCUUUCUUUGCCAGUUCUCAGAGUGUUCUACAAUGAAGAAGUCAUGCCAGUGUAAUCUCAACGAUUAUAAAAAUCAUUUUUGUUCUAAGAGUUAAA